GGAAGAGCACUUUUCAUCUAUGGCGGACGUUGAGAAUCAACCGGACUCUUCGUUUCCGGUUAAGAGAAAACCGGAUCUCUGUUGCCAAGAGCAGGAUAGUGUGGCGAACAAGUCUCAGAAGCUUAAUCAUUCCACUAGUUCUGAUUCUAGAGACGUGGAAGUUAGUGUAAGCGGAGCAGGGAAUCUGAAUUCUUCUACUGAUGGAGAAACUGGGACAGAGGCAUCGAAUUCGCUUGAGGAAGCUUCUGGUUCUGAGUCGGGGAAGGAUGAGAAUGCUGCUGGAGAGAAGCAAGAAGGUGGAGAGGAAGAGGAAAACGAUGGUGAAGAGGAGAAUGAUAGGAAAGGUAAAGGCUUAUCGAGGGAGGACAAAGGAAAAGGAAAAUUAAUCGAAUUUGAUGAAAGUGAAAGUAGUGAUGAUGAAGACGAAUAUGGUGAUGAGUAUGACGAAAGCGAGUUGUCCGACGAUCCAUUGGCGGAGGUGGAUUUGGAUAACAUCCUCCCGUCAAGGACUAGAAGACGAUCGAUUCAGCCUGGAGUCUACAUCUCCAGUGACCUGUAUGAUGAUGAUGAUAGCAGCGACGAUUAGUGACGCGUAAACCUUUAUAUCUUAUAACGAAUGUUAGUGUUGUGAAAUCCAAGUCAUGGUUUCUCUAAUGUUUUAAACCCUUGGACCAAAGUGAAACCAAUAUAUAUCAAUGAUGUUAUUGCAAUGUAACUCAUCGUGUCUCUCUUGCAUAAAUCCCAACACCUUUUC